AUGUCCGCUACAGAGCAGAUGCGAGCUAUGCUCGAUCAGUUGAUGGGUACUAGCCGUGCUGGAGAUGAAGGAAAGCGUUCCAAGUUUCACUUUUCGGAUGCCAACAUCUGCAAAAGCUUUCUUCUCGAGUGUUGUCCUCAUGAGUUGCUCGCUUCUACGCGCAUGGACCUGGGAGAAUGUAACAAAACCCACGAAUUGGCGCUGCGUGCUGACUACCAGAAAGCGGCCAAGAACAAGGAGUACUAUUACGAGCUCGAUGCACUGGAACAUUUAGAGGCCUUUGUUGCCGAUGCUGACCGCCGAACCGAGCACGCCAAGAAGCGAUUGGCCGAGACACAGGAAGAGUUGAGCACUGAUGCCUCGGAGAAGCUGAACCGUGUUCACGAGUUGGCGGAAAUGAUCGGUAAAAAGUUGGCCGCCGCUGAAGCUGCUGGAAAUGAGGGAAAUGUUGAAGAGUCCCUAAAGCUGAUGGAGGAAGUGGAGAAGAUUAAGAAGGAAAAGAACUAUGCUGAAAAUGACUACCGCAACUCUAUUCCCACCAGCAGCUACCAGCAGCAAAAGUUGCGCGUCUGUGAGGUGUGCUCAGCUUACCUGGGCAUUGCUGACAAUGACCGACGACUGGCUGAUCAUUUUGGAGGAAAACUGCACUUAGGAUUUAUCACCAUACGUGAAAAGCUCGAAGAACUGCGAACACUGGUUUCCGAACGUCGCGCCAAUGGCGUCUACGCCAAGCGUCGUUGGUCUGGCGAUGAGGAAGAAGAUGUGACUCAAGCAUCUAGACAAUCCUCUCGUGGAGGAGGAGGAGGAAACGUAGGGGGAAGUGGCAGCGGACGAAAUGACAAUCGCUGGAGAGACCGAAGGAGAGAUCGCGACUUUGAUCGACGAAACCGGGGGAACGCCGGCAGUGGACAGCGACGCCGAAGUCGAAGCCGUUCUGGAUCGCCGAGACGCGACCGGGGCGGUCGUGAGGGUCGCCGAGACGACCGAGGAUCUCGUCGCGAUGAGAGUGGUCGCGAUCGGUCGUUCCGUGACGGACGAGAUGCUGGAGGAUCCAACUACCGAAAUGGUGAUCGGUUCUAA